CCCGUAACCCAGCGCCGCUGCUCCCGGACCGCCCUGGGCAGCGCAGGCAGCGCCGGGCAGGAGGGACGGGGCACUGGGGGGACAGCGGCCCGAUCCUGACCGCGUUCCACCUUAACGGCCCGGCCGGGGUGCGGGACCCCGGCUGCCCCCGCCCUCCCCCGACAGUUUCUUUUUCCUGCUUUGGGCUUUUUUUUUGCCCCCCUCCCCUGCAGCUGGGUGCCCGGAGAUAAAUCAUCCCCGCUCGUCCGUGCCAGCACGUCCCGGGGAAGGUUUCCUGCGGGGCCGGGGAGGCUCCUCCCAGGGACAAUCGCGCUGAAAAAGAAAAGACAAGGGAAAUAAAGCACAACAAAAACAACCCCAGCCCCAGCCCCAGCCCCAGCCCCAGCCCCAGCCCCAGCCCCAGCCCCAGCCUCCUCUGCACUCCUCUGGACAAGGACAGUUCCUGCCCCUUGGAUUUGCCCUCGGUGUCCCCACCGAUUCCUGUUCUGGGGGUCUACAGAUAGCCAGGACUGGGGUGCGGGGGCAGUGGGUGGCCGUGGCCGCGGGUGGGUGCAGGAGGUGGAGGAGAAAGUCGCCCGAAGGUUUUAGGGGGCUCUGGCGGGUGCCACCAUGCCCUUGGGACAGCUGAAGUUCCAGGAGCUGGGAGCGGAGGAGCCCUCCUGGGAGGAGGAGGAGGAGGAGAGCCUGGCCAGCGUGAAGGCGCUGACGGCCAAGCUGAAGCUGCAGACGCGGAGACCUUCCUACCUGGAGUGGGAAGCCCGGGUCCGGGGGCAGCCCUGGGGCAGCCGCACCCCCGGGGGGACCCGGGGGGCAGAGCAGGGCCCUGGGCACCCCGAGGAUGAGCGGGAUGGUGGCAUCUGUGGCUUCGCCACCAUGGAGGCGGCUCUGGAGUGGCUGAGGACGGAGCUGAGGCAGAUGCAGAGUGCAGACCAGCGCCUGGCACAGCGGCUGAUGCGCCUGCGGGCUCAGCUGCAGCGGCUGAAAGUGGAGCAGGUCUGUCACCAGCACAAGGAGAUGCUGGACGCCGCCACCUUCGGCCUCGAGGGCUGCGAGGAAGACUCGGACCUGCUCUGCAACAUCCCCCCCAGGGCCGCCUUCCUGCUCUCCACCCCGCUCAAGCACAUCGGCGUCACCCGCAUGAACAUCAAUUCCCGGCGCUUCUCGCUCUGCUGAGCUCGGCGGGACCCCGCGGGGCGCUCAGCACCGAGCCCGGAUGGGAGCCUCGCGGGCAGCCCUGGCUGCAUCCCGACCCUGCAGGGCUCAGGGAUCCCUCCCAAAGCCCCUGGGGACUGCAGAGCUGCUGCCGGGGCUGAGCUCCGUGGGGGGAGGCAGAGCUGAGCUUGGUGCCACCAGCCCUGUCCUGGGGGCGAUGCCACAUCCUCAUUUGGCACAGGGUGUUUUGGGGUGCCCGCUGCCUUGUUCCUAGGGCUGAUGUGGUCAACCACAGUGGGAAAUGUAGGGGUCUGCCCUUGAGGGUGCAGUAAAAGGAGGUGAAGGCCAGAGCUGAUGGGUUUUUCCUUUUAUUACGUGUGCCUGGGCACCCACCUGAGCCUCCAGAUGUGGCUCCUGGCCCCUUGCUGUGGGGAACCUGGGGGAUGACGUGGGGACCCCUUCCCCAGCCACUAUCUGGGGCUGUGGCUCGCAGGGUGAGCAGCUCCUCACCAGUUCCCCCUGCGGGAUGGUGCUGUGCUGCAGAGACCAUCCCUCUUCUCUGGGGACCUUGUUGCCAUCCUGUGCCCUGGCAGCAGGUGGGUGCUCGGGCUGCACCGGUGCAGGAAGCAGCUCGUCACCCCAGCGGCUGCGAGCACAGGGGUUGGGUUUGAGGCUGGAGGCCAGGAGGUGCUGGGGACUGUGCUUAGGGUUCAGCAGCCCUCGGUGCCCUCAUCCUGCCCCAUCCCUGACCCCCUGCAGCACCGGGAACAGGAGGGAUCCUGGGGGCAGUGCCAGCUGGGGUUGCCCUCACCAGAGGGGGCUGCUUUUGGCUUUUUCCCUUUUUCCAUUGGCAUCAAACCCUUUACAAAACAA